AUGGGCGUGGCACUGCCAAUCCUCAGCCCCUACGGCAAUCUCCAAUGGCAGUGGCUUCUUCCAUUCGGCCUCAUCGCAGCAUUACUCGGCUACAUAAUCUAUCAACGCCUCCUCCACCCCCUCUCCUCCACCCCCGGCCCGUUCACCGCCAGCCUCUCCCGCCUAUGGAUCACCAAGCACUCCUGGGACGGCGACAUGAACACGCAACUCAUCUCCCUCCAUGCCGCGCACGGCUCCUUAAUCCGCACAGCUCCCAACGAAGUCUCCGUUUCCUCCAUCCCAGCGAUUAAAAAGAUCUACGCGCCGGGCACGAAGUUUUACAAAAGCGAUUGGUACUCUGUCUGGCAAGGACAUCGCAAGUUUGAUCUUUUCGCCGAGCGGGACGAGCGGAUCCAUGGCGAGCAGAGGCGCUUGGUUAGUCGGGCGUACUCGAUGGAUGCGCUGAGGGAUCUGGAGCCGUUUGUGGAUGAUGCCGUGGGAGCGUUUAUGGAGGCGAUGGAGGAGCGGGUCGGGAGGGUAGUCGAUAUGGGCAAUUGGGUGCAAUUGUUCGCGUUCGACGUAAUCGGCGAAGUCUCCUUCAGCAAACGCUUCGGCUUCAUGGACGCCGGCCGCGACGACGGUAGCUUCGCCCAAAUCGAAGGCGCCCUCAAAUCCGCCGCCUGGCUCGGCCAGAUCCCCGCCAUCUACUGGCUCCACGACCGCCUCAUGCCCUACAUCGGCAACCACCUCGGAAUCACCGCCCGCCACGGCACCCUCCGCGCCUUUGCCGCGCGCGAAGUCGCGUCCCGCAAGAGUCGAACCGACAGCAGUAACCGCGACAUCCUGUCCAAACUCUUCGCCACCCAAAAAGAAAAGCCGUACGAAAUGGACGAGAACGCCGUAACGAGCAUGGCGACGUCGAAUAUCUUCGCCGGCUCAGAUACGACUGCAAUUUCGACGCGGGCGAUUAUUUAUUACUUACUCAAGAACCCCGAGGCGAAGCGGAAGUUGGUGGAGGAGAUUGACGGAGUGAAGAAGAAGGGGAAGCUGAGCGAUCCCGUCAAAUUGGCGGAGGCGGAUGCGAUGCCGUAUCUUCAGGCUGUCAUGUAUGAGGCGCUGCGGCUGCAUCCGGCGGUUGGCAUGACGCUUCCGCGUGUGGUGCCAGCGGAUGGGUUCGAGGUGGAUGGGACGUAUCUCCCUGCUGGGACGGUUAUUGGCGCUAAUCCGUGGGUCGUGCAUCGGGAUAAGUCGGUGUACGGGGAGGAUGUCGAUGCGUUCAGGCCGGAGCGGUGGUUGAAGGAGGAUAAUGGCGACAUGCACCGGUUCUUCUUCGCUUUUGGCGCUGGCUCGAGGAUGUGUCUUGGACGAAACAUUUCGUGGCUUGAGAUGAGCAAGCUGAUUCCGACGCUGUUCUUGCGGUAUAAUUUGGAGCUGGACGAGCCCGAGAAGGAGUGGAGCAUGAAGUGCUGGUGGUUCGUGAUGCAGACGGGUGUGAAUGUGCGAUUAACUCGGCGGCAUUACUAA